AUGCAGGCAGGCAGUGCGUCUGCGAAGAGCCGCUUGUCGGUGUCGGGCGCGCGGCCAGAGGACGGCGGGCUGUACGAGUGCGUGGCCAGCAACGCGGUGGGCACUGCCCGCCACAGCGCGCCGCUGCGCGUGCUGGGCCCGCCCCACGUGCGGCCCAUGCAGGAUCGCCGCGUCGUCGCCAGGGCCGACGCCGUCUUCCACUGCCGCGUUACCGGAUACCCCAUCAGCGAGAUACGCUGGGAGCGCGAAGGGAGAUCUCUACCAGAAAACCAUCGCCAACAAAUCUUUCCUAAUGGAACCCUAAUAAUUAAGGAUAUUCAGAAGCAAGCUGAUGAGGGAGGAUAUGUCUGUAUUGCAACAAAUCCCGAUGGUCACACUUCCAGAAGCAAGUUAAAUAUUCAAGUUCUUGAACCACCUGAAAUUGACCCCAUAGCUGUGAAGUCAGAUUUACAAGAAGGAAUGAGAAUGCAUCUUACAUGCGUUGUCAGGAAAGGAGACUUUCCUAUCAGCAUUCAUUGGUUAAAGGACGGAGCUGUUAUUUCCCGAGACCAGGAAAUAUCUGCAAAGCCAUAUGAUGAAUAUUCCAGCAUACUCAGCUUUACUCGACUUGCUAUUAGGCAUACUGGAAAUUAUACCUGUCAAGCAACCAAUGCUGCUGCUGUAACAAAUUAUACAGUGGAAAUAAUUGUUAAUGAUCCACCAUCAUGGAAAGUAGAGCCAACUGAUGCAGAAACAGUGGCAGGAAAAUCAAUUAUUCUUCCAUGUGCUGCAGAGGGAUCUCCAACUCCCCUAAUAAUGUGGAAGAGAGAUACUGGAGCUAUACCUCCCCUUUAUCAAGAACUUAACCAUUUAAUGAAGAACUAUAAGUGA